AUGCAGACAAUACGCGAAUUCACGAGAAAAACGAAACGUGGUAAUAUUUUAAAGAUCGUACGUGAACACUAUUUACGUGAUGAUUUGGGUUGUGGGGCACAGAUAUGUGAAAAUUGUGUGCAGGAUGAGACAACUGUGUCUCUACUGCCGGAACGGGAGAUAAAAAGUACAUUAUUCCCUUUUCCGCACUAUAUAGUGUUGGAUACAAAUGUUGUGCUUAAUCAGAUUGAUGUCUUGGAGGAGGAUGCUAUCGUCAAUGUGAUUGUGCUAUCCACCGUAUUGAGUGAAGUGAAACAUAAUAGUAGUGCUGUUUAUAAGCGUUUUCGUGAAAUAGUGCAGCAUAAGCCUCGAGGUUUCUACGUAUUUGUCAACGAACAUCACAAGGACACAUAUGUUGAGCGAGAACCUGGGGAAAGUGCUAACGAUCGCAAUGAUCGUGCUAUACGGAAAGCUACACUAUGGUAUGACCACCAUAUUCGAGAAGCUGAUAAUAAUCGUGCAUUCAAAAAGGCUGGACGGCCGCUUACUAAAGUUAUUAUGAUCACUGAUGAUGCGGAAAAUAGAUCACGCGCAGAGAAAGAUGGCAUAUUGGUGGCAAGUGCAGAAGAGUAUGUAAAAUCUCUAACAGAUUUUCCAAUGCUAAUUGAUAAGUAUGCGCGUAAGAGUUUUGAAAGCGAAAAGAAAUCAUUGCCUAUAUUCCCAACACAUUUGAGUGUUAACGAGAUACAUGAUGGCAUUAAAGCAAAGAAGCUCCUGCAGGGUUCUUUUCAAGCGUCGCGUGAAAAUUACUUAGAGGGCGCAGUAUCUGUCGAAGGAUAUGAACAUCCGGUGCUGAUUCAAGGACGUGAAGCACUGAAUCGUGCCGUAGACGCUGAUAUUGUAGCAAUUGAACUGUUGCCGAAAGAAGAGUGGACGGCACCAAGUGAAAUUGUUUUAGAAGAAGGUGUCGACGAAGAUCCCGGUGACAAUGUGGAACGCACUGACAAAGAAAAAGCGGUUUUCGAUAAGAAGCUCGCGAAAUCCGAAGAAAUACGUCCAACAGGAAAAGUGGUUGGCAUUAUACGCCGCAAAUGGCGACAAUAUUGUGGCAUAUUGCUGCCAAGUCAGUUGGAGAACACAUCACGUCAUAUAUUCGUACCGGCCGAUCGAAAAAUUCCACGCAUACGAAUAGAAACAAGACAAGCCGAUCAAUUGCAGAAUAAACGUAUAAUUGUGGCUAUAGAUUCUUGGCCACGUACUUCACGAUAUCCACAUGGCCACUUUGUGCGCAGUCUUGGUCCACUUGGCGAUAUGAAUACCGAAAACGAGGUGAUUCUUCUAGAGCACGACGUGCCACAUAGCAAGUUCUCUGAAGAAGUUCUCAGUUUUCUGCCAAAAAUGCCUUGGAUCAUUACACCAGAGGAUUACGAAAAACGCGUUGACUUACGUGACUUAUAUAUAUGCUCUGUGGACCCCCCAGGUUGUACAGAUAUUGAUGAUGCACUUCAUUGUCGCGAACUACCUAACGGUCGUUUGGAAGUGGGUGUACAUAUCGCUGAUGUGAGUCACUUCAUUCGCCCUGGCAAUGCAUUGGACAAGGAAGCAGCUGCACGUGGUACGACCGUGUAUUUGGUAGGCAAACGUAUCGACAUGGUACCGGAACUCUUAAGUUCCAAUUUGUGUUCGCUGGUAGGCGGGGAAGAACGAUUUGCGUUUUCUUGUGUUUGGGAACUAGACAACGAGGCGAAUAUAUUAGCAAAACGCUUCCACAAGAGUGUAAUAAAAUCGAAAGCUGCAAUGACAUACGAACAGGCACAAAUUAUUAUCGACGACGCUACACAGCAAACGGAAAUAGCCAUAUCGUUGAGACAUCUCAAUAGGCUGGCGAAAAUAUUGAAGAAAAGACGUAUGGAUAAUGGCGCGCUGGUAUUGGCUUCACCGGAGAUACGCUUCCAGGUGGAUAGUGAAACGCAUGAACCGCUCGAAGUAGAAGCGAAACAAGUACGUGAAACUAAUUCGAUGGUUGAAGAAUUCAUGUUGUUGGCAAAUUGUACUGUGGCCGAGCAUAUUUGCGCUGAAUUUCCAGAAUGUGCAAUGUUACGACGACAUCCACGUCCAGCGCCCAGCAACUUCGAACCACUCAUUAAAGCUGCAGGUUAUCAAGGUUUCGAAAUAAAAAUCGAAACGGGCUUAGAGCUGGCCAGUUCAUUGGAUGCUUGCGUCAAACCAGAUAAUGCAUAUUUCAACACGAUGAUACGAAUACUCACUACACGUUGUAUGAUGCAAGCGGUAUACUUUAUCAGCGGUACAUUACAGCCGGAGGAAUUUUUCCAUUAUGGCUUGGCGACCCCUAUUUACACGCAUUUCACAUCGCCAAUUCGAAGAUACUCGGACAUCAUUGUUCAUCGCCUCUUAGCUGCCUCAAUUGGUGCUGAUAGCACGUACGCCGAUUUGCUUGAUAAGAAACUAAACGAAGAGCUAUGUCAUAAUCUAAAUUAUCGUCACAAGAUGGCCCAAUAUGCUGGACGCGCAUCCGUGGCACUAAAUACGCAUUUGUUCUUCCGCGGUAAAACUCAGGACGAGGAAGGUUACGUAUUAUUCGUACGUAAAAAUGCGCUACAAGUGCUUAUACCGAAAUUCGGUUUGGAAGGUACUGUGUACCUAAAUUCCUUAUCAGGUGAUAAAAAGCCAACACCAGGAGAUGUAGUAUUCAAGUUUAAUGAAGAGGACUACACACAACGUUGCGGAGAUGUCGUUUUUCAUGCAUUCGAUCCGGUAACGGUUCGGUUGAGUUUAGACUCGCGUAAUGUUCAACAUGAAAAGCUAGUGUUUCGAUUGGUAAAACCAUAUAUUAAAGGCUUUAGUGUGGAAUUAACGGAGCAGAAUGAUAAUGUGGAAAUGUUAGACAUUUCAACGGCAAAUGCAGCAGAGGAAGCACCACCACAAAAGAAAAGCAAAAAGUCGCAAAAGAAAAAGAAAUAGAUUUUUUUCAUGAUAGUUUUAUCCUAAUAAAAAGAUCGAGCUUUUAUAUCUAUAUACUAUUUUAGUAUUGCAUACGUAAAAGAACAAA